CGACUGAGAUAAGACUGUUAUCUGUUUAACAUGCUGAUUCAAUGAGAAUUACGUGUGUUAGCUGCUUGCAAGAUUGGCGCACAGAGAACGAUUUGUUUAUAAAAAUGUCGCAUCAUGGCAAAGGAUCACAGAGGUAUUUGCCUAUACCAAGUCAGUCACAGUCACACACCGCGAUUAGUGAUGUCAACACCGGUCAUUGUCAUGACAACGACAUUCGAAAAGUGAAAAACAUUGUCGAUCUGCUAAAAGACAUCAACGAGCCAAAGAAGACAUGUGUGAAAGAUAGAAGCAAACGCUUGUACAGUUCUGCUGAUAAUUCACCUACAUUGAGCAGGCGUAUACCACGAUCCAAAGUGGAGUUUCGAGAGCGACAUAAUUCAAUCAGUCCGAGGUUGUCUUUACCGAACAUUGACAAGUUCGAUGUGCAAAUAUUAUGUCCAGAUGGUCAGAUGUUCAAAGCUGAAGUCUUCAAAGCAUGGACCGCGUUUCAGCUGGCUUGGAAAAUUGCGCAUGUUAAAGGCAUGACAGAAAAGCUAGCAUUAAUAGUACAAGAAGUUAUCACAGAUCUGUGCUUGGUCCGGCAAAUAGAAGAUCACGAAAUUGUGUAUAAUGUCAUGCAAAAGUGGGCUCCAGAUUCCAACAAUUCCUUCAAAAUGAUCGAAGACAUUACAAAAUACGAUUUAUUUAAUGAACCUGCUGAACAUUUUCCCAUCGAAAUGUUGCAUAUUGUGUCGACGGAAACCAAGGACUCGAAAUCGCGAAGGAGCUCUCUUUUACGAUCCUUUAUUUCACCAGACAAGCCGCCCAGCGUCCAUGGUUGGGUGUACAUAAAGGACUUUGAUAAAAAAAACUGGAGAAAGAAGUACAUGCGACUACAAAAUUCAUCAAUCUAUAUUUUUGAGGAUGAUUCACAACAGGAUCUGGAAUCUACGUCUCCAUUAUAUCAAUGCCUCUCUUGCAAUCUUUAUCUUGGUCUUCCAGAAUUUAUCGAUGCUCAUGGCGCACCUUAUUCUCACUGCUUCUGCUUAAUUCCAGAAGUUGUAAUUAAGUGGGCAGAGAUCAAAUGUUUUUGCGUGCAUUCACCCGAACUACUUAAAGGUUGGUUUUCAGCUGUUCGACUCGCAAAGUUUGGUCAACAACUGUACUCGAAUUUCAAAGAAGCAAUGAGUAAAGAAGCCAACUUGCGCCGUACAAACAGCGCUAGACAGAGCAUAUUGGUUCGGAGGUCGUUAGGAGAUCAAAUCUACGAAGCGGAAAACAAGGCAGCAUUCGAUUUUUCCGGUGAUAACGGAAGAGUCAUUUCCGAUCCUUUAGAAGCCUUACGCUUACACAAUGAGAUCGCAUUUGAAAUUCCAAAAACCGUAAAGCGAAGAUCGACCACGUUUUCUCCUGCAAUGAUCCGUCGAAGUUAUCUUGAAACAAAAGUUUGGUAUCAUGGGAAACUCGACAGGGAGCAAGCUAUUCAAUGUUUAAAGAAACAUGGCUGCAAAGAAGGGAUGUUUUUGGUUCGCGACAGUAGCACUUCACAUGGUAAUCUAGUCCUGACAGUGCUUACAAAGAAAGGGAGAAUCACUCAUCAUCAAAUAUUUCAGAGUUGUUCACAUUCUGGCGUAACAUUGUACGGUAUCGAACAUGGUCCGCAAUUUCAAUCAUUAGAACUUUUAAUUGAAUCAUACCAUUCCGGUGCAGUUGAUGGAGCCGACUUUACAUUAAAAAAACCUUGCCCAAAAUUUUGAUAAUCGUCAAUUAAUAAUAUGUUCAGCAUUUAUGCUGAAACUCCAUAGCGUCUGGUUAGGAUGACAUAACACAUCAGAUCAGUCACAUAACAUGGCACCCCUGCACAAAAAUAGACGAAAAAAAAUUAUCUCUUUCCUGAAUUUCUAGCACACUUUUUUAUGACAUUCCCUUAUCUCAAGCUUUUUUCCCAUGGUUUUUCUCUUAUAUUCUUUGGUACAAGCGUAAAUUUUCCUGGGAAAGAGGUUACCGUCUGUCAAGUCUAUUAUAACUUAAAUUAUCAUCGAUGUUAGUUUCUUUUAUUUCCUUUUGUUGUUAUUAUAGGCGUGAGUUAUAAUGUAUAUAAAAGAUUAUAUCAAUGUAAAAUACACAUAUUUGAAAUAUUUAA